CCCACUGUUAACAAACUGGUGAACCUGAUGGCCAAACACUACGUCCAGGAAGACGUGCGCUACGACGACAUUGAUGCCAAAUUCUCCAAACGCGAGCGCUACAGUGGCCCCCUGUCAGAGUUCCGCGAGAAGUCCAACUUUAAGCCGGAUGUUCAGCUGCACUACGUGGAUGACAUGGGUCGCGCACUGGCGCCCAAAGAGGCCUUCCGACAACUGAGCCAUAAGUUCCAUGGCAAGGGGUCGGGCAAGAAGAAGAUCGAGAAACGCACGAAAAAGAUUUUGGAGGAGGCGCUUCUCAAAAAUGCUCAAAGCUCCGACACACCUCUCGGCACGACGGAGAAAUUGAACAAGAAACUGAAAAGUCAGGGAGUGCCCUACGUUGUUUUGAGUGGCAAGAACGCGGCUGCGUAA